UAUUUUAUUACCAUCACCUAGAUGUCCAAAAACUCACUCAACCUUCGAGUUGAGUAGUUGACUUCUUUAUAAAAGAAGAUGAGAUCAAGUACCUAACUAUGUGAAAUUAAGAACAUUAAAACAUCCACUAAUCAUGCUUUAUAUCCUCAUCUCCUUUCCCAUUUCCCUCAAAUUUAAGAUAUACAACCAAUAAUUUUCCAACAAAACAAUGUUUCUUUAUUGGAAAAUACACAACGUAACUAUUCUAUUUUUCCUUUGAAGGUUUGAAUCAUUGAACAAGAUAUCCAGUUAGAAGAAAAUGGAAUCAUCAACUUCUUCAACAAAGAGAAAGGAUAACGAUGACGAUGACGAUGAUGAGAUAAUCUUCGAUAAUUCGCCAUUAUUCCGUCUUUACAAAAGCGGCCGAAUGGAGAGAUUAGGGGAAGUUCCUCCAAUCCCACCAUCACUCGAUCCCAAAACCAGAGUUAAAACAAACGACAUUAAAAUCAUUUCUUCAAAAACAAGAGAUCACAUCAUCCCAGUUAGGUUAUUUAAGCCUAACAUUCCUAAAAACAAAAGAAUACCACUUUUGGUAUACUUUCAUGGUGGUGGUUUUUGCAUUGAAAGUACAUUUUCUCCAAAGUAUCACAACUACCUUAAUAAGCUAGCCUCUGAAGCUCAAGUUAUGAUAUUUUCAGUUGAAUAUCGACUCAUCCCUGAACACCCUCUUCCUGCAGCGUAUCAUGAUUGUUGGGAUGCUCUAAAAUGGGUGGUUUUCAAAGCAAGAGACGAAGAAGAAUGGAUUCAAGAACAUGUCGAUUUUGAUAGAGUCUACUUGAUGGGAGAUAGCGCAGGCGGUAACAUCGCUCAUCGUAUGGCCUUACUAGCGGAGCUCGACGGCGACGGCGGAGGCGUUGGUAGUGUUUGUUGCAUUAGUGGCGUCAUUUUGGUGCAUCCUUACUUUUGGGGAAAGCAGCGGAUUGGUGACGAGGCGGCCAAAUGUAGCCGCAUACCGAACCCGGAUUUGGCAACCAAGGUAUGGGCGCUUGCUUGCCCCGAAAGUGGUAGUGGUGUUGAUGAUCCGUGGAUAAACCCGGGUAAUGACCCGGAUUUGUGGCGACUAGGAUGUAAACGGGUCUUGGUUUGUGUUGCUGAGAAGGAUUUCUUGCGAGAUCGGGGGUUGUACUACAAGGAGGCUUUGGAGAAGAGUGGAUGGCAAGGGACAAUAGAGGUGGUAGAGUCUAAAGGAGUGGAUCACGUUUUUCAUUUGCUUCGUCCAUUUUCUGCUAAUUCACUUCAACUUAUGGCUAAAGUUGUUGCUUUCCUCAAUCCUACACGUUCUACACUCUAAAUUAAACCCAUUGUAUUUGUAUGUAUGUAAGUUUAAGCUCUGCUACGGACUUGCCUAAGGACUUCGCUCCUUAUCGGAACCGGGUUUUAAAAUCCGCCUUGUUUUUGUUUAAUAUUGUAAACCAGAGCCAAAGCUCUGCUAUUGAAUUGCCUAAGGAUUCUACUCCUUAUCGGAACCGGAUUUCUAAAUCCGCCUUGUAUCUAUUCUUUCUUUAUUCUUAUGUGUAUCAGGAACAACACUUCACACCUAUUAGUA